GAGGCAAAUUAAAUCGUUUUGUCUUCUAGCUAGCUACCUCGUUUACUGUGUAUCUCUUCUCCUUUCUCUGUAAACACUCAAAAGUCUCAAACCCUUAAAAACGAAAAAAAACUCUUCUCCUUCAUCUAGCCUCUCUCACCGCCUCCUCUCACGGUCGACUCUCAUUGUCUCGGUAGACAACCCACUCUCGCCGUCGAUUUUUACUCUCACCGCCGCCUCUCACCGCCUUCUCUCACGGUUGCCUCUCACAGUCGUCACUCACUCUUAAACUCAUUCUCACAGUCGAUUAUCACUUUCGUUUCAAAUCUGUUGGUCUUCUUUAUAAUCGAAAGACAUGCAAUUAUUAUUUGAUAGAUUUGAACUGAACUCUUCUUUUUCCGAUUUAGGAUUUUAGGGUUUGUUUGUGAUUUGUGUUUUAGAUUUCUGAUUUGUGUUUCGCAUUUCUGGUUUGUUAAUGUGUUAAUUGAGAUCUGUUUUCUAGGAUUGUUUGUUCACUUUGUAUCUAUUCCGAUUUAAGGGUUCUUAUUUGUGCAUAGACUUGUCUGCAUGCAUUAUCUCUAGUAGACUUGUUUGUUCUGUUCUUCUUGUUCAUUGUUUGGUCUUAAAUGUGAUUUGUAUUUUGGACUUGUUUGUUCUGUUCUUAGUGUAAUGUUUGUUGAAUGAUUUAAUUUUCAAUGUCAUGGUGAUUCUUUGGCUCUGAAGUGGUUUGGUGUAGUGAUAUGGUUCUGAUUUGAGUAUUUAUAUAUUUGAUCUGAUUUGAGUAUUGAUUUGAUCUGAAUUGAGUACUGAUGUGAGUUCAUUUGUUUUUUUAGUUCAGGUGAUCUAUUAUGUCGCUUAAGCACAAUCCCCGCCGCAGUCUGCGUCAACAAGGCAUUGAUUUAUGUUCUUCUGUAGGGUUGCAAACCCAUAGACGAGUAAAGUCUGCAGUUGGUCCUAGUAAUGCUGUUGUGGAUCAGGAUGAUGUUAAUGAGACGAUUAAUGAACAAGAUCAUGGGAAUGUGGCUCAUGUACUAGGUUCUGACUUGGCUGAAGAAGAAGAAGAGGUUGAACAACAUGCAGCUACAGAAAUUGAUGGAGAGAGAGAUGUAGAUGCAGCUACAGAGGUUAAUGUGCAGCAUCCCAUAGAAGAAACUCAAACAAAGGAGGCAGAGCCAAAGAAAAGGAAAACAAGAGGAAGAACUAGGAUGAGUAAAGUUGCAAAACACAUUCAGGAUAAGAUAGAAGUCGAAUUCACAUCUACAGGUGAACAUGUAGGGCCUGUUUCAAUUACACUAUCCUCUUUUCUUGGUCCUCUUGUCAGGGAGCAUGUGAGUGUACUUCUUGAUGAUUGGAGGAAGCUCUCUGAAGAGACUAGUGACACCCUAUGGGAAGAAAUUCAGGUACUUUCAUAUUACUAAUCUUAUUAUAUGCAUGCUUAAAUGUUAAUCACUUGGACUUAUAUAUUGUAGGCAAGGUUCAAUUGGAAAGAAGAUUACCAAAAAGACACUGUUUUAAGCAAAUGGGUUGUCUAUGGAGGGCUUCUAAGUCAAGGCUAGUCACUGCAGUCCGAGCUGCAAAGAGUAAGACAGAAAGACUAAAGUUAAAGCCAAGCAACAUCCAUUCUGAUGGAAGAUCUGUGAGGCCAGAAUUUGCUGAGACAAUUGAAAAAAUCAAGUCUAUUGAUAGUGAUAUUGGCUCCACUGCAACAACUAGUCUCAGAAAAGAUGUUGUAAGUCAAGUACUAGGGAAAGACAAACCUGGAAGAGUUAGAGGAUUGGGCAGAGGUGUCACUGCCACUAAGCUAGCAUUCCUACAGGUAAGUGAUUCUCAAGUUGAGACACUUCGAAGCCAGAUUGAAGCCUUGCGGAAUGAAGUCCGUAACUUAGCUGGAAAAAAGUGUCAAAGUGAUGAUGAUUCUGUUUCUGAGGACAGUGAUGUAAAAAGAGGUGUAAGUUGUCAGCUUUUAGAUUGGUGUGCACCUGAGGAUGUUGUCGUCAGGGAGGCAGAAUACUGCUCAAUGGAUCCGGUGUACAAGAUUGGCCGUAUCCAACUAGGUCCUAAUGCAGCAGCUGUUAUUGUGAAGUCUGUAUCAGGAGAAGAUGUUUCUGUCUGGAGGCCUACUGAAACCAUCACAUCACUUGUCGAAGCAGUGGGAGUCAAAAUUGCAUGGCCAGCUGAUAAGAUUGUGCUGCACACUGAAAUGGACUCUCCACCUGAAAACAAGAAUUCAUCUAAGGCAACAGCAGGUAAAAUUCUCAUUUAUGAUUGGAAUAUGGAUGACGUUGUAAUUGGUGAGGGUAGAUUGUGUUCAUCUGACCCAAAAGAGUUAGUCAACAACAUGCCAAUUGGUCAAGGAGCAGCAAUUGUGACAGUUGAUAAGGUGUUUGCUGAAAAUGUCUACCUUUGGCGACCAAUUAGUGCUGAAAUCUUAACCAUUGGUAAUGCUCUUCAUGAGAACAUUGUUUGGCCUAUUAAACCUAUUGAGUUGUUCAGUUCUGAGGAAAAGGAGUCAGCACCACAGAAACAAACUUCAUCUAAGAGUUUAACUAACAGCGACAGUAGCACUGGCUCAGCCUCGAAGAAGAAAUGCAUAUUGUUAGAUUGCAAUGAUUCUGGAAAAGAAGUCGCAGAAGGCAGAGUUAUGUCAACUAAUCCAACAGACAAAGUCCACUUUGUCCCCUUAGGUCACAAUGCAAGUAAGAUAAAGGUUGAAGUUGUAAAGGUUGGAGAAGCUAAAGUGUGGAAACCAAACUCAGAGGUUGAAAUCAUUGCCGACGCAAUAGGUACUACAAUGGCCUGGCCUAAUGACAAGCUGGUGUUUGUGUAGCAAAGCCUAGUUAUGUGUUCUCUGAAACUUAUGUGUUCUCUGAAACUUCUUGUUCUCUGAAACUUAUUAUUCUAUGUAGUUUGAUUUUGGUACUUAUUCGAAACUUAUUUUGGUUUUGCUUUUGGAUGUAUUUGAAUCUUAUUCUGGUUUUAAUUA